AUGGCAUCCCUCCCCCCCCUCCCCGCAACCCUGACCCCCGCCCUGAGCAGCCGCGAGGCCAUUGCCGACACACUCUAUCGCUGCGUUACCGGACUAGACACGAACGACUCAGCUCUCUUUGACUCGGCCUUCACCUCCACCGCGACAUUCUCCAUCAACGACAAGGUCUCCUCAGGCCUUCCCGCCAUCCACACCGACUGCUUUGACAUGGUCAGCAAGUUGGACACCACACACUUUGUCACCAAUAUCCGCAUCAAUAUUGCCGAUGGUGGCGUCAAGGCCGCGGCGACUGCCUCGGCGCUCGCGCAGCACUACGGCGGUGGGAAGGGGCUUCAGCCUGACCAGCCGAGCCUACUGGCCGGGGCACUGUACUAUGCUGAUUUGGUGAAGGAUGAAGAGAGUGGACUGUGGAAGAUUGAGGCCUUUAAGAUGACGACGUCUUGGGCGGAGGGUGAUUGGAGUGUGAUGAGGGCAAACUGA